AUGGUACUAAUAUUGGGACGCAGACUGAACAGAGAGGAGAGCGGGAUACGAGAGUCCCCUGCAACCAAGCGGAAGGUUUUUGAAAUGGACCCAAAGUCCUUGUCAGGCCCUGAGUUUUUCGACUUCUCCUCGGGAUCGUCCCACGCUGAAAGCAUCCUCCAGAUCUUCAAUGAGUUCCGAGACAGCCGGCUGUUCACAGACGUGAUCAUCUGCGUGGAGGGAAGGGAGUUUCCCUGCCAUCGAGCCGUCCUCUCGGCCUGCAGCAGCUACUUCAGAGCCAUGUUCUGCAACGACCACAGGGAGAGCAGAGAGAUGCUGGUGGAGAUCAACGGCAUUUUUGCUGAAGCCAUGGAUUGCUUUUUGCAGUAUGUCUACACCGGCAAGGUGAAAAUCACUACCGAGAACGUGCAGUAUCUGUUUGAAACCUCGAGCCUCUUUCAGAUCAGCGUUCUGCGUGACGCCUGUGCCAAGUUCCUGGAGGAGCAGCUGGACCCCUGCAACUGCCUGGGCAUCCAGCGCUUUGCCGACACCCACUCGCUCAAAACGCUCUUCACCAAGUGCAGGAAUUUUGCGCUGCAGACGUUUGAGGACGUGUCCCAGCACGAAGAAUUCCUGGAGCUGGGGAAGGACGAGCUUAUCGACUACAUCUGCAGCGACGAGCUGGUGAUCAGCAAGGAGGAGAUGGUGUUCGAGGCCGUCAUGCGCUGGGUGUACCGGGCCGUCGAGCUGCGCCGCCCGGUGCUGCACGAGAUCCUGACGCACGUCAGGCUCCCCUUGUUACACCCCAACUACUUUGUUCAGACUGUGGAAGUGGACCAGCUGAUCCAGAAUUCCCCGGAGUGCUACCAGCUGCUGCACGAAGCCAGGCGAUACCAUAUCCUUGGAAAUGAGAUGAUGUCUCCCAGAACUAGGCCACGCAGAUCCACUGGUUACUCCGAGGUGAUCGUUGUCGUGGGGGGCUGCGAGCGCGUGGGAGGGUUCAAUCUGCCCUACACGGAGUGCUACGAUCCCGUCACGGGGGAGUGGAAGUCUCUGGCCAAGCUGCCCGAGUUCACCAAGUCGGAGUACGCCGUGUGCGCCCUGCGCAACGACAUCCUCGUCUCGGGUGGAAGAAUCAAUAGCCGAGACGUUUGGAUUUAUAACUCUCAGCUUAAUAUUUGGAUCAGAGUUGCCUCUUUAAAUAAAGGCAGAUGGCGUCAUAAGAUGGCUGUUCUUCUUGGUAAAGUGUAUGUCGUGGGAGGCUACGACGGGCAGAACCGCCUGAGCAGCGUGGAGUGCUACGACUCCUUCUCCAACCGCUGGACCGAGGUGGCUCCUCUCAAAGAGGCCGUGAGCUCCCCAGCAGUCACCAGCUGUGUUGGCAAGCUCUUCGUCAUCGGCGGGGGUCCUGACGACAACACGUGCUCUGACAAGGUUCAGUCGUACGAUCCCGAUACUAACUCUUGGUUGCUCCGUGCAACUAUCCCUAUAGCAAAAAGAUGUAUCACAGCUGUGUCCCUGAACAACCUGAUCUACGUGGCUGGUGGGCUCACCAAAGCCAUAUACUGCUAUGAUCCCGUGGAGGACUACUGGAUGCAUGUGCAGAAUACAUUCAGCAGACAGGAGAAUUGUGGCAUGUCUGUGUGCAAUGGGAAGAUCUACAUCCUCGGUGGGAGACGGGAGAACGGUGAAGCCACAGACACCAUCCUGUGCUACGACCCCGCCACGGGCAUCAUCACGGGGGUGGCAGCCAUGCCCAGGCCCGUGUCCUACCAUGGCUGUGUGACCAUCCACAGGUACAACGACAAGGGCUUCAAACUCUAACCUGGCUUCUUGAACAAAGAAGAUGAUGGCAUGAAUGA